AUGGCCGUCGUGGAAGGGUCGCCCGUGAGCUCUUCCAAGUUGACGGCACUGGGCAAAGCUCUCGACCAGACGUCGAUCUCCAGUUUGGCGCAUGGCGGCAGCGCGUCGUCGUCUGCGGCUUCGCACGGAGUGUCGAGUGACGUACGGGACGAGAUGGGAGAAGAAGGCGAUGAGGACAAUGAGGACGACGACGACGUCAUGGGCGACGUCAGACUCAAACUGCCGACCAAAGUCCACAAGAAACGCAGUCGCACCAACAGUUUGAAAAAGAUGCUGCCCGCACCGGCUCCUCAGCGACCCAAACAGGUGCGUGACUUGGCGGUGAUCCAUUCGCCCCUGCAAGGGAGCAGCGGGACGGAGGAAGAAUCCGCUACGUCGUCGUCGCCACGACCGCUGCACGAGUCACCUUCGUCGUUCCAACGCUCUCAAGCGCAACCUGCAAAGCUGAUGGUGAAAGAUCGAAAAGGGAGCGGCAUGGGCGUCCCACGAGCACAUUUAAUACUCAACGCUGUCAAGCAAGCGCCGCCAGCAAAAGAAAAGUCCAACCCGAGGCGGUGGUCAAAGCAAGAGGAUGAGUCGCUGAGGUUGGCAGUAGAGAGAAGCGGGGAACGCAAUUGGAAGGCGAUCGCUGACCAAGUGCCCGGACGCAACCACACGCAGUGUUUGCAGCGAUGGACGAAAGUGCUGAAACCAGGUUUGAUAAAGGGCCACUGGACACCUGAAGAAGACGAAAAGUUGCGGGAGUUGGUGGCGGAAGGCAAGAAGAACUGGGGCCAAGUUGCCUCACUUAUUCCUGGACGAACUUCCAAGCAAUGCAGGGAGCGCUGGUGUAACCACCUGGACCCGAAUAUUAACAAGGGCUCCUACACUGAGGAUGAAGACAAGAUCAUUGUUGAGAUGCAAGCGAAGUUGGGCAACCGUUGGUCGAUCAUUGCACAGCAGCUGAAGGGUCGAACAGAAGAUGCGGUCAAAAUCCGCUGGAAGUCGCUGAUGCGCGGGCGUCGAGCGGCAUCCAAAGAAGAGAAAAUGCCGACCGCUUCGUCGCCCGUCGCUGCUAUCGUUACGUCAUCGUCACCCUUACCGGCAGAUAGGGAGCGACAAAAGUUGAGGCCUUCUGAGACUAGUCCUGCUCGACAACACAGUCAUGCCUCAGCAACUAUAGCAGCUGACACGACAGCGCCGCGAGCAACGGAAAAGAUAAAGCUUGGAGUGGCGUCAGAAAAAAAGACGUUGGCUCCAGCACUGCAUUCUGAUAUGGAGACGGUCGUUGGCGGAACAAGCAAUGCGAUGCAUGUGAAUGAUCUGGUGGCUGUGUCGAUCCGCAACUUCCAGAUGAGUCAGCGAUUUCACCCGAGCUCUUCGGCGCAUGCUGGCAACGCGACAUAUUCAGGCAGCCCCAGUCAUUUAAUGAGUGCUAUCGUGCCAGGCAUCCCACAAUCUUCUGCCAUGUAUGCGAUGGCUGAGGGAGGGACGGGGGCCUACAACUUGAACAUGCGACCACGACAAAUGCCGUUGCCACCACAUCCGUCGCUGCUACACCAGCAACUUUCGCCAUCGUACCAGUACCCGCCCGGAUAUACAAUGCAGCAAAGCAUGGGCGGAAUGCCAAACUACGUGGUGGCGACAAACUUUCCUGCAUCGAACCAGAUGCAAAUGCGGAUGUCUUUACCGAUGCCAGUAUCGUCUCCGAUGCAAUCUAUGCCUUCGGCACCAACAUUUUCGUCUCAGGCCAUGGCUAUGGCAGUAGCGAGUGCUCAGUAUCAGCAUCUCCCACAACACGCGUCUGCUGUGCAUCAAGGUUUCAGCGGCGCGCCACUUCAUCCAAGAGCUGGGGCAACUGGAACCCCAUCAGGAACAGCUAUGCAAUCUGCAACGCCACCUACCAGUAGUGGGCUUGCUGCGAACAACAGCAAAUGUAGCGCUGGUGGAGCGGCGAACGGAAGUAGCGUGUCGACUGCUGGCCUUUCAUUUUCACCGACAUUGACAGCGGCAGCAGGCGCAGAUGCGCAUGAGAAAGAACUAAACACACCACGGGAAGAGUGGGGUUCUUCGCAGACUCCCCGGUCUCAGAUGAUCAUGACAGAAGGUCACGCAUCCGCUUACGAGCUGUUUCAUCAACAACGGCUUCGUUUGAUGCUACAGGAGCGAGACAAGCAAGGUAUGACACUAUCUUCCGCGCCAUCACCGGGCCAGGCCUUGCUCACAAAGGAGCUGGAGGCCAAUAAAGAGCGCCAAGCACGGCAAGCGAUCAUGCAGAAGGGGUGGAGAAGUGCCGUGGAUUCUAUGGUCUCCUUCAACAGCGUCAGCGAUUUAUCCACCUUGGACGAUCAGCAGCGGUUUGACGGUCUACUUGAAAAAGUAUCUUUGUCGGCUCUUGAUCCAACAGAUGGGCUGCUUGACCAGUCAGUUGACAUUAUUCCAGGAGAUGACACCGUGGAUCUAUGA